UUCAUAGAACAGGGCUGGGGUAAGGCCAGGAAAAUUCAACAGGCACUAAAAAUAUUGUCAAGCUGCUGACAGCACAGCCAGAGGCCCCAGGCCUGGGUGGCAUCCAGACAGCCCUGUCCUUUCUAGACAGCCCCCUCCUCCAGGCUCAGGGACCUGUCUGGCUGUGAGCUCCCAGGAGGUCCCAGGGGUGUGACCUCCCUCCCUCCCUCCCUCCCUCUUCCCUUCACCCCAGGCCAGCCCAGGGCCAGCUAUAAAGCUGGCCCAGCCUGGCUCAGCACAGCCAGCUGCCUGAGACCUUCCUUCAACCUCCUUAGAGGACAGCCCCACUCUGCCUCCUGCUCCUCCAGGGCAGCACCAUGCGGCCCCUCUGGCUCUGCUGGGCACUCUGGGUGUUGCCCCUGGCCGGCCCCGGGGCAGCCCUGACCGAGGAGCAGCUCCUGGGCAGCCUGCUGCGGCAGCUGCAGCUCAGCGAGGUGCCCACCCUGGACAGGGCCGACAUGGAGAAGCUGGUCAUCCCCGCCCACGUGAGGGCCCAAUACGUGGCCCUGCUGCGGCGCAGCCACGGGGACCGCUCCCGCGGGAAGAGGUUCAGCCAGAGCUUUCGAGAGGUGGCCGGCAGGUUCCUGGCGUCAGAGGCCAGCACGCACCUGCUGGUGUUCGGCAUGGAGCAGCGGCUGCCGCCCAACAGCGAGCUGGUGCAGGCCGUGCUGCGGCUCUUUCAGGAGCCGGUCCCCAAGGCCGCGCUGCACAGGCAUGGGCGGCUGUCCCCGCGCAGUGUCCAGGCCCGGGUGACCGUCGAGUGGCUGCGUGUCCGCGACGACGGCUCCAACCGCACCUCCCUCAUCGACUCCAGGCUGGUGUCCGUCCACGAGAGCGGCUGGAAGGCCUUCGACGUGACCGAGGCCGUGAACUUCUGGCAGCAGCUGAGCCGGCCCCGGCAGCCGCUGCUGCUACAGGUGUCGGUGCAGAGGGAGCAUCUGGGCCCGCUGGCGUCCGGCGCCCACAAGCUGGUCCGCUUUGCCUCGCAGGGGGCGCCAGCUGGGCUUGGGGAGCCCCAGCUGGAGCUGCACACCCUGGACCUCAGGGACUAUGGAGCUCAGGGCGACUGUGACCCUGAAGCACCAGUGACCGAGGGCACCCGCUGCUGCCGCCAGGAGAUGUACACUGACCUGCAGGGCAUGAAGUGGGCCGAGAACUGGGUGCUGGAGCCCCCGGGCUUCCUGGCUUACGAGUGUGUGGGCACCUGCCAGCAGCCCCCGGAGGCCCUGGCCUUCAAGUGGCCAUUUCUGGGGCCUCGACAGUGCAUCGCCUCGGAGACUGCCUCGCUGCCCAUGAUCGUCAGCAUCAAGGAGGGAGGCAGGACCAGGCCCCAGGUGGUCAGCCUGCCCAAUAUGAGGGUGCAGAAGUGCAGCUGUGCCUCGGAUGGGGCGCUCGUGCCAAGGAGGCUCCAGCCAUAGGCGCCUGGUGUAUCCAUUGAGCCCUCUAACUGAACGUGUGCAUAGAGGUGAUCUUAAUGUAGGUCUUAACUUUAUACUUAGCAAGUUACCCCAACCCAAUUUAGUGCUCCUGUAUGACCUUCGCCCUGUGUCCUUCCAUUUCCUGUCUUUCCUGUCCAUCACCCAUCCUAAGCACUUACGUGAGUAAAUAAUGCAGCUCAGAUGCUGAGCUCUAGUAGGAAAUGCUGGCAUGCUGAUUACAAGAUACAGAUGAGCGAUGCACAAAUUUUCAGCUGGGAGUUUCUGUUCUCUGGCAAAUUCCUCACUGAGUCUGGAACAAUAAUACCCUAUGAUUAGAACUGGGGAAACAGAACUGAAUUGCUCUAUUACAUGAGGAAUUAAAACCUUCAAAUCUCUAUUUCCCCCCAAAUACUGACCCAUUCUGGACUUUUGUAAACAUACCUAGGCCCCUGUUCCCCUGAGAGGGUGCUAAGAGGAAGGAUGAAGGGCUUCAGGCUGGUGGCAGUGGACAGGGAAUUGGGAUGCCUGGAUUCUGGUUCUGACAGGGCCACAAGCUAGGAUCUCAAACAAACGCAGAAGGCUUUGGGUCGUCAUUUCCUCUUAAAAAGGAGGAGCUGGGCUUCAGCUCUAAGAACUUCAUUGCCCUGGGGAUCAGACAGCCCCUACCUACCCCUGCUCAACCCUCUGGAGACUGAGCCUUGCCUGUGCAUAUUUAGGUCAUUUCCCACACUGUCUUAGAGAACUUGUCACCAGAAACCACAUGUAUGUGCGUGUUUUUUGUUAAUUUAGCCAAAGCAAUUGAAUGUAGAUACUCAGAAGAAAUAAAAAGUGAUGUUUCA